CACUCACUCGCACACAGUCGCCCCUCCUUCCCUCAGCAGCGCUCCAGCUGCUCCUCCGAGCUCCGAGACAACAAACUUCUUCUCUCCGCCUGCGUCUCUCCCUCUCCGGCUCUAAAGGGCUCAGGCAGCGAGCGGAGGAGCUGAGCUGGGCUGAGAGUGCGCAUGCACGGCCGCCUAAGCAUCGCCAAAUCCCACCUCACCCAGCCCGCUCCGCUCCGCUCUGCUCCCACUGUAGCUGUGGAGAGAGAAAAGGGGCUCGGUCUGGUCCCAGUCCCCCACCAGCAACUCCAGCCGCUCCGCCGGAGAGCUCCGGUGACGUCAGCGCCGUCUAGAAGUCAGCGCGAGUGUGUGGAGCCGCUGGACACACACACACUCACAGUUUGACCAAGUAGAAGUAGUAGUAGUGUUAGCGGUGGUGUUUUUCGGGGGAGAGAGAAGGAGAAGAGUUCGUUUCCCUCAGAGAGAGAGAGAGAGAGAGAGAGAGAGAGAGAGCCGGGAGCUGAGAGUGAGCCGCGGAGAAACUGCUGCUUUUUACCCUGGAGCUGAGGGGCUUUAGCGCCAUGGACGGAGUUCUACCUGGACUCCUGGCUCUGGUCACUUUCCUGGCUUCAGUUCGAGGACAAGUAUUCAGAGGUGACUGUAACUUCGAGCGGCCCUACACAGAGUGUGGCUACAGCCAGGGCAAAGAUGAUGACUUUGAUUGGGAACAGGUCAACACCAAGCAGAGGCCAUCCACAGACCCCUGGAUACCUGCAGGCUCAGCUUUCAUGAUGGUGAACACUUCUGGAAAGUUCCUUCAACAGAAAGCCCAGCUGUUUGUUCCCCAACUAAAGGAGAAUGACACCCACUGCCUCACUUUCCAGUAUUAUGGAGCCAGCGGUGAAGGCUCAAGCCCUGGGCACCUCAAUAUCUACGUCAAAGAGAACAACAGUCCACUGGGCUUACCUGUGUGGAACUCCUCUGGACCCGCCUUCCAUACGUGGAGGCAAGUAGAGCUGGCAGUCAGCACCUUCUGGCCCAAUUUUUACCAGCUCAUCUUUGAAGCUGUGUCCUCAGGACAGCCAGGGUUGCUGGCCAUCAAGGACAUCUCACUCCAGGGUCAUCAGUGCAUGAGCACUCCACACUUCAUGCACAUUAAAGGUGUGGAGGUCAAUGCCAGGCAAACAGCGACUUUCCACUGCACCAUUAACGGCCAGCCCAAGGACCACCUCAACUACAAACUGUGGUUACAGGGUAUUGGGGGCCGAGAAGCUCCGAUGAAGGACACCAAGCCAGUAAACCUUAGACGCUACAUGGCCACUUUUGAUGUGGAGAACACCACCAAGGGGGAUUCAGGCCGUUACCGUUGCAUCGUCCAAUCAGAUAAAGGAGUGGGCGUGUCCAGCUAUGCUGAACUCAUAGUAAAGCAGCCACCAGUCCCCAUCGCACCACCUCAACUGACUGCUGUAGGAGCCACAUACUUAUGGAUCCAGCUCAACGCUAACUCAAUCAAUGGAGACGGGCCCAUCAUCGAGAAGGAGGUUGAAUACCGCACCAUGUCCGGGAGCCUGAUUGACAGCCAGCCCGUGGACAAACCAAACCACAAGAUUGGUCAUCUGGACCCAGACACUGAGUACGAGAUCAGUGUUCUUCUGACCAGGCCCAAUGAAGGAGGCACCGGAGCUCCAGGUCCCCCACUGAAAGCCAAGACCAAAUGUGCUGAUCCCAUGCAUGGUCCACGGAGGCUGGAGGUGGUGGAUAUCAAAUCCAGGCAGAUCACUGUGCGCUGGGAGCCAUUUGGCUACAAUGUUACCCGUUGCCACAGGUACAACCUGACGGUGGAGUACCGAUGCAAGGUGAAUCGCAAAGAUGAGACAAAGGAGGAAGAGAUUGACUCACACAAUGGGGUCUCACAAUACACCAUCCGCAACCUGUCACCCUACACCAAUGUCAGUGUCAAGCUGGUGCUGCGCAACCCAGAGGGUGUCAAGGAGAGUCAGGAGCUGGCUGUUCUAACAGAUGAAGAUGUGCCGGGCGCUGUGCCUUUGGAGUCUAUACAAGGGAGCACCUACGAAGAGAAGAUCGCCCUCAAAUGGCGAGAGCCCAUUCAGACGUAUGGAAUCAUUAAACAGUACGAAAUAGUCUACAAAGCUGUCAGCUCCUUUGACCCAGAGUUCAACCUGACCAAUCAGAGUGGGAAAGUGUUAAAGCCCAGUAAUGAGACAUCUCACACAUUUGUGGGACUUUACCCAGGUUCCACCUACUCCUUCACCAUUCGAGCCAGUACUGUCAAAGGCUACGGUUCUCAGGCCAUCACCCAGUUUACCACAAAGAUCUCACCCCCACACAUGCCUGGCUAUGAUCAAGAGACACCCCUCAAUCAGACAGACAGCACUGUGACAGUCCUGCUGAAACCUGCCCAGAGCAGAGGAGCACCGGUCAGUGUGUAUCAGGUGGUAGUGGAGGAAGAGCGCCCACGACGGUCACAGCGGACUGCUGAGAUUCUGCGCUGUUAUCCAAUCCCCAUCCACUUCCAGAACGCCACAGUGCUGAGCUCUCGCUAUUACUUUACUGCUGAAUUCCCAGCUUCACGCAUCCAGAGCUCCCUACCAUUCACCAUUGGAGACAACAAGACCUAUGAGGGGUACUGGAAUGCCCCACUGCUGCCUCACAAGAGCUACAGCAUCUACUACCAAGCUGUCAGCAAGGCCAACGGGGAAACCAAAAUCGAUUGUGUUCGUGUGGCCACUAAAGCUGCCAUUAUCGUGACCCAGCUCACCACGCCGUACAUACGCAUCGUGCCAGCCGCAGGCGACAGCCAGCUAACAGGGGCAGCAACCAGAAAACCUGAUGCAGUGGAGCCAGAGAAACAAACAGACCACACUGUUAAAAUCGCUGGCGGUAUCGCUGGCAUCCUUCUCUUCGUCAUCAUCUUCCUCGGAGUAGUGCUGGUCAUGAAGAAAAGAAGAACCUAUCACUCCUACACUUAUUACCUGAAACUUGCAAAGAAGCGUAAGGAGACUCUAAGCAGCACAAGGCAGGAGAUGACAGUGAUGGUGAACUCCAUGGACAAGAGCUACACUGAGCAAGGCACCAACUGUGACGAGGCAAUCUCCUUCAUGGACACCCACAACCUCAAUGGACGAACUGUCUCUUCACCAUCGUCAUUCACCAUGAAGACUAACACACUCAGCACUUCCGUGCCCAACACCUAUUACCCAGACCCCUUUGUGCCAACUGCUAUCUUAGUGCCAAUUAAUGAUGAGAACCACACGGUGACCAGUGACACCAGCAGCCUGGUACAGUCCCACACGCACUCCUAUAAGAAGAGAGAGGCGGUGGACGUGCCAUACCAGACGGGUCAGCUUCACCCAGCCAUCCGCGUGGCUGACCUGCUGCAGCACAUCACGCAGAUGAAGUGUGCUGAAGGUUACGGCUUCAAAGAGGAGUAUGAGCUAAACGAGAGCUUCUUCGAAGGGCAGGCUGCGCCAUGGGACUCUGCAAAGAAAGAUGAGAACAGGAUGAAGAACCGUUAUGGAAACAUCAUCGCAUAUGACCACUCCCGUGUCCGACUGCAGGCUCUUGACGGGGAGCAAAGCUCGGAUUACAUUAAUGCAAAUUACAUUGAUGGAUACCAUCGACCAAAUCACUACAUAGCUACCCAAGGACCCAUGCAGGAGACAGUCUAUGACUUCUGGAGGAUGGUAUGGCAGGAGAAUACAGCCACUAUCGUCAUGGUGACGAACCUGGUGGAAGUUGGCAGGGUUAAGUGUUGUAAGUACUGGCCAGAUGACACAGAAAUCUACAGAGAUAUGAAGGUGACAUUGAUUGAGACGCAGCUGCUGUCAGAAUACGUCAUUCGAACCUUCGCCGUGGAAAAGCGAGGAGCCCAUGAGAUCAGGGAGAUCAGGCAGUUUCAUUUCACUGGCUGGCCAGACCAUGGAGUGCCCUACCAUGCCACUGGCCUGCUGGGCUUUAUCCGCAGGGUCAAAUCCAAGAGUCCAGCCAACGCUGGCCCCAUGGUAGUCCACUGCAGUGCUGGUGCUGGCCGCACUGGCUGCUUCAUCGUCAUUGACAUCAUGUUGGACAUGGCUGAGCGUGAGGGUGUGGUGGACAUCUACAACUGCGUACGAGAGCUUCGUUCGCGCAGAGUCAACAUGGUCCAGACGGAGGAGCAGUAUGUGUUCAUUCAUGAUGCUAUCUUGGAGGCGUGUUUGUGUGGUGACACCACCAUCCCAGCCAAUCAACUACGCUCAGUAUAUUACGACAUGAACCGCCUGGACCCCCAGACCAACUCCAGCCAAAUUAAAGAGGAGUUCAGGACUUUGAACAUGGUAACCCCCACUCUGCGCGUGGAGGACUGCAGCAUUGCCCUCCUGCCGCGCAACCAUGAGAAGAACCGCUGUAUGGAUGUUCUCCCGCCUGACCGCUGUCUGCCCUUCCUCAUCACCAUUGAUGGAGAGAGCAGCAACUACAUCAACGCUGCCCUCAUGGACAGCUACAAGCAGCCAUCUGCUUUCAUCGUUACCCAGCACCCUUUGCCCAACACUGUAAAAGAUUUCUGGAGGCUGGUCCUGGACUACCACUGUACAUCUAUAGUAAUGCUAAAUGAUGUGGACCCUGCCCAGCUGUGUCCUCAGUACUGGCCUGAGAAUGGAGUACACAGACACGGGCCUAUUCAGGUGGAGUUUGUAUCUGCUGACUUGGAGGAGGAUAUUAUUAGUAGGAUAUUCCGCAUCUACAAUGCUGCACGGCCGCAGGAUGGGUACCGCAUGGUGCAGCAGUUUCAGUUCCUGGGCUGGCCCAUGUACCGGGACACACCUGUGUCCAAACGCUCCUUCCUCAAACUCAUCCGCCAAGUGGACAAGUGGCAGGAAGAGUACGAUGGAGGAGAGGGCCGCACUGUGGUGCACUGCCUAAAUGGAGGUGGACGCAGUGGGACCUUCUGUGCAAUCAGUAUUGUGUGUGAGAUGCUUAGGCACCAACGCUCUGUGGACGUGUUCCAUGCUGUCAAAACACUGAGGAACAACAAGCCCAACAUGGUGGAUCUAUUGGAUCAGUACAAAUUCUGUUAUGAAGUGGCACUGGAGUACUUGAAUUCUGGCUAAGUUGUCUGGAGACAGCUCCCCCCGUCCUGUCCUGUCUCCCACUGUCCCGUGGCCCUUUUUUUCCUCGAAUAGAGACUAUACCACGCAUGAAUGUUAAAGGGGUGGACUUUAGACAAGAAGAGGUGCGCUGCUUGGACCGCUGUGGCUGUGAUGUUGGCCGUAUGUGGUCGGAAUAUGGUCUUCAGGGUCGAAACGGAGGACCGGACGCUUGCACUGCCCAGCUGAACUGUCCACAGUUUGAACUUUGAACUCUGACCGUUAGCCCCUCUUCUGUCCCUUGUAUUCUCUGUAUGUAAAUUUCAGCGCGAGCUGGGCAGGUCAUACACUCGCGCCUCAUGUUCUACGUCCUCUCUUCCUCGAGCACACUGAUGUACUUCUCUCUCGGUUCGUCCACGUCUCACCCAUGUUCAGCAGUUUUUGUUUUGCUUUUUUUCUGACUCUGUCCUCUUGCCUGUGACUCCCGCGUCUUGCCUUUCUAUCCUCGUUGGAUGAUAGCUGUCAUUUCCAUUUUUGUGGAGAACAUGAUAUAGACUCAUGUGGAUGUGUUUAUUUUUAUCACUGAUUUUUAUUUGAUUUUCUACUUCUGUUUGUUAAUAGGAGGCAGAAUGAUGUGUAGCUGAAGUUAAAAACUGGCAUUAAGAGCACGGAUGCUAAAUGUUAUGUUGCCAUUAUUGUGAUUGCUGCAAAAUGUUGUUGUGUUAAAGGUGGAGCACUGCUGAAGCUAUCCACGAGCAAGCUUAUCGUCAUGUCAAAAGAUCCAAAGCUUAUAUUCGUGAUCAUUUGUUAAUACUGUAAAUACUUGAAGGAUGGCAGAUUAUUUAUUCAUUGAAAGUUUUUUGUGAAGCACAUUAAGUGACAAUCAUGUUUUUAUUUGGUCAUUAUUAUCUCCCUCUUUUGUCAGGCUUGGCAUAAUAAUGGUGACCAGGAUGUAAUGUUAGCUUUUUAUUUAUCUUGUAUGGAAAAAUUCAACAAAUACAUACAUAUCUAUACCGA